AGUAAACAUGGCCGAAGAAAGCACGAUUGAGAGCGAAGAUGAAAACAUUUUAUACGAUUUACUGGUUAUUACCGAAUGGCCGCCCGAGACAGACACUCAGUUACGGGGAAACAAGGAGCACAGUACUUCUCUAAUCGCCAAAGCUUUGACAGGACCGUUCCGCUUAAUCCUGCACUACUUGUGGUACAGUCCCUCCAGCUCCUCUCUCCCGUUUGGCCUUGUUCGCCUGGCAAACAAGCAGAUAAACUGGCAGCUGGUGCUGGCAAGUAAUGGCAAACUGCUGGCAGUGGUUCAGGACCAGUGUGUGGAAAUUAGGUCUGUGAGAGACGACUUUGGCUCGGUCAUCGGGAAGUGUCAGGUGCCGAAGGAUCCAAACCCCCAGUGGCGAAGGGUGGCGUGGAGCCAUGACUGCACCCUGCUGGCCUACGCCGAGAGCACCGGCACCGUGCGCCUGUUCGACCUCAUGGGCAGCGAACUUUUUGUCAUCCCACCGGCGGCGAGUUUUCCCGGGGAUUUCAGUUGUGUGGUGGCCGGCCUGAUCUUCCUGGAGUACACGGCCAGCGCUCAGUGGUCGGCCGAGCUGCUCGUCAUCACGUACGGCGGCGGGCUCAAGAGCUACCUCGUCAGCGUGGGAACCAACCAGAACUUCCAGGAGAACCACUCCUUCAGUUUCUCCACCCACUACUCCCACGGAAUCACAUCAGCGGUUUACCACCCUGGCCACCGAUUGCUUCUGGUGGGCGGCUGUGAGUCAGGGGACGAUGGCACCUCCAAGGCCUCGAGCUGUGGCAUCACGGCCUGGAGGGCUCUCUCCGGCUCGCCUCACUACAAGCAGGUGAUCAGCUACGAGGACGAUAUCAGCACGAAUCAGAAGAGGGGUUUCUUCAGGAUUCCCAGCAUCAGAAUCUUUUCCAGACAAGGCGAUGAGAAGGAUGGUGUGUUCCGCAUGAGUCUGAGUCCCGAUGGCACCCUGCUGGCCGUCAUCCACUUCUCUGGUCGUCUGUCUCUGUGGGAUAUCCCCUCCCUGAAGCAGAGGGCCACCUGGAGCCAAGACCAACAGCCAGGAUUUGAGGAGAUCAAUCCAGAGUGGAAGACUUCGCUGGAGAGAAGGAAGAAAAUAAAAGAUAAGGAGCAGUACUACCCGCUGGUGGAUGUGAGCUGGUGGAGCGACAACGUGUUGAUCCUGGCUCGCUGCUCCGGCUCCGUCACCGUCUCGUCCGUCAGGGCGCUGCGCAACCUCCUGGGGAAGUCCUGCGAGUGGUUCGAGCCCUCACCUCGAGUGACCGCCGCACACGACGGGGGCUUCCUGAGCCUGGAGUGCGAAGUGAAGCUGGCCCAGAAGCGUGUUCGUCUAGAGAGCAGCCUCAGCGGUGGAUCCAGCGAGGACGACGACGGGGACGAUGGAGGAGAGUCCGAUUCGGAUGAGGACUCUUCGGCCAAAGAGCGAUACUUCGGCUACGUCAAGCAGGGCCUGUACUACGUGACCGAGAUGGAACGCUUCGCUCCUCCGCGCAAGCGUCCGCGCACCGUGGUCAAGAACUACCGUCUGGUCAGCCUGAGGUCGACCACACCGGAGGAACUGUACCAGAGGAAGAUUGACAAUGAAGAAUAUGGCGAAGCUCUGUCUCUUGCCCAUGCGUACAAUCUGGACUCUGACCUUGUCUACCAGAGACAGUGGAGGAAGAGUACUGUCAGCAUCGCCUCCAUACAAGAUUAUCUGAGCAAGAUCCGCAAGCGCUCGUGGGUGCUGCACGAGUGUGUGGAGCGUGUCCCCGAGAAUGUCGACGCGGCUAAAGAGCUGCUGCAGUACGGCCUGAAGGGGACUGACCUUGAGGCCCUGAUCGCGAUAGGACACAGGGAGGAUGGGGGCAGGUUCAUCAUGCCGGGUGACGUCGACCUCGAUGACAUUCCUUAUGAAGACAUCCUGUGGGACGAGGAGGAGCUGGAGAGGACGAAGGAGCGCGAGAGUCGGAAGAGACGAGAGCUGCUGGGCAAAGUUGACUUCAGCAGGCUGACUCUGGAGCAGAAGGAGCUGUGCCGGAGCCGACUCAAGCUGCUGUGCUACCUGGACCGGCUGGCCACGUACGAGGAGAUCCUCGGUGGUCCUCACGCAGCAGAGGAGAAGUACGAUGCAGAGUUCUUCAAGAAGUUUCGCAGUCAGAAUAUUGUUUUGUCAGCGAGAAACUAUGCCAGGGAGAGUAAUGUGCAAGCGCUGGAUAUUCUCUUCACGUACCACGGAGAGGAGCUCCUUCAGCAUCGGCUGGCCAUCCUUCACAACUUCCCAGAAACCACCUCUCCGCACGAGUACACCAUCCUGCUGCCCGAGGCCUGUUUGGAUGACGGAGAUGAGCUGGCCUUCAUCGCCUGGGACGAGCAGAGGCACAGAGAAAUGGACUGGUGCGAAGCAGAGGACUGCAGGUCGGUUUUGGACCAGAGCUUCCUGGACGAUGACAGCUUUCUGUAUGAAGAGGAUCCAGAGCUGCUGAGGUUCCGUACAGCCACUCCUUCCAUCGAGCUGCUGACUGACUGGUACCAGAGCAGAGCCCAGGAUAUCGACUCCUGCUCCAGACAGGUGGACUGCGCCCUCUCGCUGGUGCGCCUGGGGAAGGAGCGGCAGAUCCCCGGACUGGAGGACUUGUGUGAUGACUUGGUUACCAUGGAAACGCUGGUGUAUGAGACAUCAUGUGAAUUAAGUCUGACACUUAAAGAUUUGCAGCAGCUCAGCAACAUCGACCAACUCCGCCUGCUCAUGAAAAACUCCAACACGGAGCGCUACGUGAAAGACGUCUUCCAGUGGAUGGUGCCCUUCUUACACCGAAGCGAAGGCCGGGAGGAAGGCGCUGCCAAGUCUCUCCUGGGAGAGUACCUGGUCAGCCUGGCGCAGCAAGACCUGGCCCUGCCCCUCAUCAUAUUCCAGCACUCCAAACCUGACUGUCAGCAGAAGAUCAUCGGGGACCCGGACCAGCUGAUGGGGGUCGCUCUGGAGUGCAUCUACAGCUGCGAGAGAGACGACCAGCUCAGCCUGUGUUAUGACAUCCUGGAGUGUCUUCCACAGAGGGGCUACGGACCCGAGACGGACAUCACUGCUUCGCUCCACGAUCAGGUGGACAAACUCGAGAAGCACCUCAGUGUGGCGGAGGUUCUGGAGAAACACGGCCUGCAGAAGCCCAUCUCAUACGUGAAGAACAGCCAGAGCAGCGAGGAGGAGGCUCACAAGCUCAUGAUCAAACUGUGCCGCCACACCGGCCGCAAAGCGCCUCCAGUGAGUGAGACCGUGUGGAGAGGUCUCCUGCAGGAUCUGCUCGACAUGCAGCAGAACGUUUACUCUUGUUUACAACCACAGACCUGCCAUCAGGUCUUUGUCGAGUCCCUGCUGUGCUCCAGCCGUGUGGAGAAUAUCCGCCUGGCGGGGCAGCUCAUGCAUUGCUCCAUGGUCAGCCAGGAUGUUCCCGUCAGCUUGUCUUUCCGGGGGAAAGGCUACGCCAUGAAGGUGGCUUACGAUAACAGCGUUCACUUAGUGCUGGAUGCAGCCCGGGAGUACUUCAACUCCUCCACAGCGCUGAUGGACCCUUGUAUGGGUCUUGCCAGGGCGUGUCUCCAGCUGAUCACAGACUGUCCUCCGGCCAUCCAGGAGGAGCUGGACCUCAUCAGUGCUCUCAGCCAGCUGGACGAUUUCGGCGUCAACAUCCUGCCUCUGCAAGUGCGGCUGCGGUCGAACCGCCUCUCGCUCAUCGAGGAGUGCAUCGCCCACUGCUCCUCAGCCUACAAGCAGUCCACCACUCUGCUCAACCUGGCCGCUCUCCUCCGGGUGUCAGGAGAUGACGAGGCUACGCGAAAAGGACAAGUGCUGAUGCUUCUGGCGGAGCAAGCUCUUCAGUGUCUGGAUUUCAAGGCCUCUUACAUCCACUGUCAGGACCUCAUGGCUGCAGGGUACGGCCCAGCGUGGGAAGUGUGCAGUCUGCUGGGUCAGUGUGAGGGCUACGAAGACCUGAGGGCUCGGCGUGAGCUGUUAGCCUUUGCUCUCACGCACUGCCCGCCCGACAUCAUCCACGGCCUCCUGGCUGCGUCCAGCGACCUGCAGACUCAGGUGUUGUACCAGGCUGUUAACUACCAGAUCGAGCCCGUCAGUCCUGAGACGACAGAAGAGUUGGAUGAGGCCGACUCUCCAAAGGCUGGUGCACCUGCUCCGGGCGCCCCUGUGGGGACGGCGGGAGACCUGCUGCACAGAACCACCGCCAAGACCAUGGAAGUGCUGACCACGACGGGGAUGACCACCAAGGCCGUGCUGACGGCCGUCAGUGACCACCGGUGGUGGAAGGAGUCGCUCAAUUACCUCCGGCCGCUGCAGGGUCGCGGCGCAGGAGCCACCAGCCAGGAAGGGGCGUGUGAGAACUCCAACCUGGAGCGCCAAGGCUGCAGCCCCUUUUAUCAGGAACUGAUUGAGGAUCCCUUCGUAGAUCCGUCUCAAGAUGUAUAUUCAUCUCACAAAGACGUGGCCCAGGAAAACUUUGCCGAGGUCCUGCUGAGGACGGGGAAGCUGGCCGAGGCCACGACUGAAGGAAAGACCCCGUUUCCAGCUACGGAAGUUCUGCUGCAACUGGCCAACGACGCCUUUCCCAGGGACAUGAUGCUGGCUCUGUCCUACUUACUGGCCCUGCCUCAGGUUUUAGAUGCCAACAGGUGUUUCGAGAAGCAGUGCCACUCCGCCUUGUCGCUCCAGCUGGCGGCCUACUACUACUCGCUGCAGAUCUACUCCCGCCUCAUGCCUUGCUUGAAGGACAAGAACCACACUCUCUACCAGGCUGACCCAAAGGAGCUGAUCCGAUUGGUUACACAGCACGUGUCCUCGUACUCCGAUUGGCCGGAGGAGCUGCAGAAGAUGAUCGGUCAGCUGCACGUGUACAACGAGCGUCUGACCGACUUCACCCAGGCCCAGGUGUUGCAGGGGUUGGGCCGCGGCGUGGACGUCCAGCGGUUCAGCUCCGACCCGGAGUACAAGAAGGAGACCAUCCUCGGUCUGACAGAGACAUUGGAUGACAGUGUGUACGGGAUCGCCCUGUCUCUGGCAAAGCGCUACAGCGUUCCUCUGUGGAAGGUCUACAUGACUCACCUCGAGUUCCUCUUCACUGAUAGCGGCCUCUCCACGAAGGACAUUGAGACCCGGAGCGAAUCUCUUCGCCUGUUUGGGACUCUGAAGUGUGACCCUCAGUCCUUUUACAGCCACAUGACCAAGUACGUCCUUCCCACUGUGGAGGGAACCGACCUCGGCCGCCUGCUCUAUUACUACACCUUGCUGGACGCCGCGAGCUGCGAGCCCUACGUCAGCACCACCAUCAAACCAGAGUCGCAUGUCAAACUCCUCAAGAAGCUCCGAGCUGUCGCCAACGGUUUGGACUACCGGCGGCUAACCGAUGAGUCCUUGGAUCCGCUGGCCACUCUCCAACCUGUUCUGACCAGCCAAAACGUGCUCUCCAUCUCCAAACUCGCCAGUCGGCUGCCUGUGCCCGGCGGCGGAGGAGCGACCGUCUCUCCGAGUGCCGUCCACGCAGCGUGGCUGCAGAAGCUGUUUUGGAAAGGAGACCCCCAGCUAAUGAAGAGGCCCCCUCAGAGCGACCAGGACUACCUGCACGCCUACGACACCUGCGCCAAGUACCUGGACAGGCUGGUCCCUGCUGACGCCGUCUGCUUUCUGGACAGCAUCACCUUCUCCCCCGAUGCAGCCAAAAAUCUGAGCAUCCCGACAAGGUUGGAAGUGAUAAAGCGAGCCACCAAAGCCCUGCGCCAGCUCGGAGAGAAGAGCAGAAAGAGGGGAGGUGAUGAGAGCGGGGCGCAGGAAGGGACGGGCCCAGCGGGAAAGACUUUUGAUGAGGCUCUCGCGCACCUGCAGCAAUCACAAGCCCACCUGGACACCCUGAGUCAUGCCUUCAUUCUGUCACUCAAAGACAGCCAGCAGGAGCAGCUGCAGGGAUACAGUCGGCUUUAUGAUCUGUCCCGUUCCGAGAGGUCAAAAGUUCGCGAGCUGGCGAUCAACAUGGCAACUGACGGACAGCCGCUGGAGCACAUCAGAGAGCUCCUCCGAGUGGCGGUCGGGCCCAUUGACCUGUCUGUCAAAGACGUGCUGCACGACGCGGUGCAGAGAGUGGUGGCAGCGCUCAGUGGAGACCCGGAUGCCCUGACAAAUUACCCACAACCCCUUGGAGUUCUGGAGGCCAUGGUGACCGCCGUGCACAACAAUGUGCAGAGUGGCGACAGCGCGGUGACUUCGGACGACCUCCUGGCCUGGCUGCGUCCAUUCUGCGGCGACGCGUCCCUGCCCGUGCGACCCCGCAUCAGCGUGCUGCAGAUCCUGGAGAGUAACUUCAGCCUGGGAGACAGCGACGUGCGACUCCUGCUGCUCUACAGGACUCGGGCUGUUCUCAAAGACAGAGAGGUCCAGAUAGAAGAUGUGGAGAAUGAGGAUAAACGAUAUGCCCUUUUCCAGGAGCUUCUGGAAGCGGCACACAAGUUUGAGGACUUCCAGUUGCUCAUUCUCCUCCUGCAAGCUUGGCCGCCCAUGUUGAAAGAAGAAGUGGCCCAAUCAGAGCGUAACCCCUGGGUGGUGCUGACCUCCUCCCUUCUGACCCUCUGCCAGGGGUCAGAAGUCAAAUUAGACCUGGGUCAGCAGGUUGUCUCCAUGGUGAGAUCCCUCUACAGCACCAAGCACAAGCUCCCAGCACAGUGCAUCAGACACAUCGCCACCCUGCUGCUCCAAAACCAGCCCAGCCUCCAGCAGUCUGCGCUCAAGCUGAUGUCUGAAAGCGGCGACGAACAACUGCUGCAGCUCACUCUGGAGCAGAUCAACAGCAUGAGCGAGGAGACGGCCUCCUGCUGCGACGGCGAGCUGCUCUCGCUGCUCCUGGACGCGGGGCUGCUGGUGGGCUGCGUCUCCUCGGCCCUGUACCCCCUGCUCAGCUCCCACAUGCUGGCCCACCAGCAGGAGGGGGGCUGGGAUGUGGAGAGAGCCGCCGCCGAGCUGAUGGCGGCGGGCCACGGGCCCGAGGCCGGCUCCCUGCUGCUGGCGCACCGAGGAACUCACCAGGCCCAGUUCACCUUCAACUCUGCCUUGGCCGUUCUCAAGAAGUGGCUGUGAGGGGAGGCGCGAGGAGCGCAGCGAGACGGAGCGCCAGAUCAGAUAAAGUAUCCGCAGGGAGGGAGAGUUCGAGGCAGUGGAAGAUGGGAUCGAGGGCCAAACGGGUAAAGAUGAAGCAAGAAUGGAAAUCAUAGCUAAUUAUAGCUUUGUGUUUACCUCUGUAAUCGUUUUUUUUUGGGGUUUUCAUCAGUGAAAGAUGUGUGAACAGUAAACUGCGGCGUCUGCCUGGAAGGUGUUCUGUUCUGGUGGAUCCCUUUAAUGCUGAAACAUCUGCUCAAUUAGGAACACACACAUAAUAAUAACACCACCUCUGCUGUCAGUCAUGAAUGAAUGUUCAGACUGAGGGCUAAUCAGAAAAUGCACUGGCUGCAUGCGUUUAUUUGUGUGUGCGUGUGUGUGUGUGCUGCGUCCCGUCGUGUGAUAAAGUAAUUGAGCAGUAGCCGGGAAGCGGUGGGUGGAUAUUAGCCUAUUGUUCCGUGACAGGUUUGCCUCUUUAACGUCUCAUUGUUAAACACCCUGCCUCUGCUCCAUUGUUUUCCCCCUAAUAAUGUCUAAUUAAUUCCUUCUAAACAAAUUAGCCCUGCAGCUGCCCCGUGCUGCGUGUUCAGAUGCACAAAUACUGUAUACGAGACACCCCGGCGAUUUCAUGUAGCGCUAAUAAUACUGAGGAAUAAACAUGUAUGUGCAGCUCGAUGCUGUCGGCUCGCUUUGGCUCGCUCAAAUAACAACAGCACUAUAAAACACAGCUUUUGUUCAGGCCGGUAUUCCACAACCUAAAUAAAGAAUGAAAUU